GGGAGAACCAAUGAUCACGAUUAAAAACUUCCUCGAAGAGUAUCACGAAACACGGAUUUCAUCUAACCUGUUGCCACUUAAAAAAAGGAGACUACAUCUGUUUCCAAAUGUGUCUGUAGGAAAGGUACAACAGCUGGCGGUUUCGAGUGUCCAGAGUCAUGAAACUUAGUCCUUGUCAAGCUCCAUUAUAUGGCUUGUGUGUGCUAACAGUUCAGCUCUGUGAUGAAGUGCUUGUUGAGGGAGAACAGGGCGAGGUGGAGUUCUUCCUGUUGUUUACAGGCUCCACUCAGAGCCAUCUUACCAGCACACUGAAGGUCAACCAUGCCACCCUUCAGGCUGUGUGCCCAGCCCAUAACUGCUGUGAGUCAGUGCUGGUCACUCUGUGCUCGGCGGGAAAGGAUGGUUUCAUUCAGUCUCUGUCAAGCAAGCACCUGUGCUUCGUGCAGGACCUGGCCUUCGACAUGGCUCAGUUCCUGGUGGGCGCGGUGGGCCAGAUGGACAUGCUGGAGGAGGCUCUUCUGCUGGAUGAGCAUCAGAUCCCCCUGCAGGAGUGCGAAAGGCUGGACCAGAGUCUGUCCCUGGCCCUUAGACACCUCACACUGCCCCCUGGCUGGAGCCUACUGGGGAAGAACACAGGGCUGGAACCUCAAGAGACCCUCCUGCACUUCACUGCCCGCCGUGGGCUCUUCAAAGUGGCCAGUUUUCUCCUAAAGCAGCCAGGGGGUCGAGAGGCCCUCAACCUGUGCAACAAACAAGGGGCCACACCACCAGUCAUCGCCCAGAGCCGAGGACACACCGCACUGCUGGAUCUUUUCAGCCAGGAGGAAUCAGACACAGAAAGUGGUGUUGAGACGCUAAGGCGGAUCUCCUCGGGCACUCGUGUGGUACAGCACCACCCCUCUCUGAACACCUACACCCUUUCAGUGGCCACUGAGCCAGGCAGCGCACCACCCAUCCUGCAGGCCGACAUCCUGGAACUGCGCAAACUAAUCAUCUGCCAUCGUCAGGGCAAGGGAGGAGCUGUGUUUCAGCAGAGCUCAGAGUCUCUGCACACUUCUCAAGAAUGUGUUGACAGCCUGGAGACCAGAGACUGCUGUUUUGAAGAGGCACGACACAACUCCCUUGAUACGAGAGAGCAAGGCUUCACUCCUUUUAGCACAGAGGAAAACAAAGGAGAAUGUAAUGACUGGCUUGAUCCGUCACAAAACAGGGAGGGUGAUGGAGGUCCCUCUUUCAGCUGUGAAACUUUGGCAUCUCUCCCACACAAUGGCAAUAGUGAAGAUCAGCGGGCGUGUGCUUGUGAAAACAGUGAGAGUGAUUGCAGAGAGCGAGAGGAGAGCUCAGAUGCUGGUUUAGUUAGUACCGGUGACGUUGGAGAUAACAGUGAUGCCUUACAGAGUUCCUGUGGGCAAGAGAGAGAGGAAACCGAUAAAGCUGAUGGAAUAAUCUGUGAAGCACUGGGUCAUGCUGAGGGGCCAGAAGGGGAAAAUCAGGAAGAAGGACAAAGUUCUGUAGAGGAGAAACCAGCAGAGGAGAAGGAGCUAUCUGAGGGUAGCCACACAGCUGAGGCAGGAGAUAUGGGAAUCACGCAGUCUUUAUACACGCCGGAAAGCUCGGAUGUGGAAUCUUGUUCUGAGGGUGCUAAGACUGAUGAUGAGGAAGUGCAAGAAGAUGGGAGCAGAGAUCGCUCAGAACCAGAGAAGGUAAAAGACAGAAACAAGGAACCAUCGGAUUUGCACCCAACCUUGGAAGAUCCAUUUAUAGGAAACACAAUCCAAUAUGGAAAUGAGAUUUCACUGAUGAUCCAAGAGCAUAAUGUAGAAACGGCUCUGGAUUGCUUAGAACAAAAUUCAUUCGAAAGUGAAGUGCAUGCUUGUCAAGACUCUCACGAUGAAACUGGUAACUUCUGUGAACCAGGAACACAUGUGGUGGAGGAAUCUAAGGAAGGAAUUUGUGAUGAUAUCUUGUGUAAUGUGGAAGGCAGUCAAGGUCAUCUUGAUUCUUCAAGAUCUUUUGAUCAAGAUGAUGUUACAAGUGGUGCUUUAGAGUCCAAACAACUUGAGGAUUGUGCUAACGAAGAGCCACACGACUUAACAGAGAAGUCACAUUCAGAAACAGAUGACUGUCAAAGAAUGGAUGACACAAGACGCAAGCUUAGUUAUUCCAUUUUAAGGAAUUCAGAUGCUAAAUAUGACUCUUCACUCUUCCAUGAUGUAGACCAAGAGCAAGAGUUCAUGGGAGACACAAUGGUAGAUGGAAGUGAGAAUGAAGGACAGGUUUCUAUUGAUAUCUUACAAAGUGAGCCUGGUUCAGAACCUGAAUCUCACACACCAACCAGCGAGGACACCUUAGAACCUGAAGAUCUAGAACUCUGCUCCUCAGAGGCGGUUCUGCUAAGUUCUGACUGUGAGCAAAAGCUUGAGGACCUCCAAGAGAACCAGGAGAACAAACUCUCUAGUGAAGCUCAGGCAACACUGGAGGAAGUUCUUGAGUCAGCAAUGGCUGUAGAUAUGGAAAACAGCACUCUGCCACAUGAACAAGACUGUUCUGAGAAUCUUUGGCAGGAUAUGACCUCAAACAAUGAGGUCAUGCAGGUUGCAUCAGAUCAUUUAGAUCAUUCAGAUAGGGAUGUAGGUGGAGUGUUUGUACACACAGUUAAAUCUGGAGAUCAAGGCAUCCUAGUUGAUCUUUUAGACAUACUUGUAAAGUCGAAAGACACUGGAAUCCCUAAGGAAAACCCAGCAGUUAAUGCAGAAGAUCUGUUGAGUUCUUUGGUCCACAGUGACUAUGUAGGUCGUGCCUUACAUAUCGCAGAUGCUCUUGAUCAGGAGGACAGCACGGUUUCUCCACAAGAGGGUAAACAAGUCCAGGGAAGUCUAGAUCCUGUUACUCAAGAGUCAGAUGCUGAAGUGCAUGCAGUUGCACAACCAAUGGGCGAAGAAGACCUGCUGAAAGAUGCACCUUUGGAGGAUCAUAUGGACUUUCAGAAGACAACAUGGCCUGAUGUUGACAUGCACAAAGAUGCACCAAUGGUUCACAGAGACAAAGACACACUGUGUUCCAGUGUUUCCCACAAGAGACACAGCCUAGCGUCCACAGAGAGUUCUCAGUGCUCAGAGUUUUGCACUUGCAACUCAGAAGCGGUCACAUUUCGAGACUCAGGCAGUGACACGGAUGGGUUUCUGAGUCCAGACACCGGAGAGGACAACAGCUACAGAAAGGGCCAGGAGGCAGUUGGGGGAGGUGACAGCACGAGUGAGGUAUCCGUCUCCUGCUCCUCCACUGACGACACAGCCAGUUUAGGACAUCCCAGCUCCUCAGCGGAGAGCUCAGAGGAAGUGCGGCAAGGAGGGGAGGCAGAGGAAGAGGCCAAAGACAGGUUAACUGAGGUCCCGCUGCACACCUCUCUCCUCCGAUCCACAGUACGGUCACUCUCUCCGCUCCGCAGACACAGCUGGGGGCCUGGGAAGAACCAGGGAGGGGAAGGAGAAAUGAACCAGCGCAACUUUUCAUCUCAUCUGUCCAUUUUCAGUUCUGUUCGAAGUACAGGAGAGGAGAAGCCUGUAUUUUACAGAAGAAGUCUAAGCUGGUGCCCCUGUGAGCCCCACCUCUGUCGCGACCUGGAAGAAAUUAGAGAGCUUAUCAGUUAUAGUUUGGAGGGUCUAGCAGCAGAGGUUGAGGAUGGGAAACAUUGGGUUACACAGUCUGGAGGUCCUUCUAAGGAUCACAGAGGAGUACAAAGACAAGAGAGUGAGGAGAGGGGCUCUCUAAUGUCUCUCACAGAAGAGGGUCCUGAAUCGGACUUGGGAGAAUGCAGCAGUCCAGGGGGACAGAAAACAAGGAUGUAUCAUCCAUUAAGACAAAGCUGUCCAUCUGUGACUCUCCCUCUCACAAAAUCAGUCUCUAUGCUUUCCAUCAGUCAAAGGGACAUAGAUAGCAUGAGGUCAUUCACAAGCACCACCAGUUCCAUGGGAUACAGCAUCACAGAGGAGGAACCUGGACCUUUAAGAGAGGAUUUUGAAAAAGGUUGCACCAAAGUGAGCCGAACUUUCAGCUACCUGAAGAGCAAAAUGUACAAGAAAACCAGAGAAAAAGACAAAGAGAAAAGUCGGGAGAAAGAGAGAGAAGCCAAAGAAAGGGACAAGAAAUCAGUGAAUGGACACCAAUUCAGCCCGUCAAGCUCACUGCAUCCAGCUUUAUGCCAGCAAUGCAACAAAACCCUCAACACUAAAGAUGCUGUUAACUGCACAAAUUGCAAUGUGAGAGUUCAUAAAAGCUGUAGAGAAAGCAUCCCCAUUUGUCCAAAAGGGAAAAUAAAGUUUCAUCAACAACAGUUUGCAAUACCAGAGUCAACCACAAUGCCUGUUGUCACUCUACGAACAAAAUCGUCCACUCUCCGGGAACGGCCGUGGUCUGCCAUCUUGUCUCCAGAUGAUUAUUCUCUGAUUAUCCCAUCCAGACGUCCUGCCAGUAUUAUGCCCUUCCACAGUAGCAACCUCUCGAAAAGCAUGUCCAUCAACAAUAUAGCAAUGUUUGAUGAUAUGCCUCUGAAAGGCUUGCGACAUCUGUCUCAAUCCACAGAUUCCUUGCACAAACCCAAUAAGGUCACAGAGUCCACAGAGUCUCUAGAUGAAGGAACUGAGAUCAUUGACAGCCGGCUGAUGGGAGAAUUUGAGGCAGAUGUUAAAGAACUAGAGGCUGACUCCUGGAGCCUUACUGUGGAUAAGAAAUGUUUGAAGCAACUCAAGAAGGAUGUCAUAAAGAGACAAGAUGUAAUCUAUGAGCUGAUCCAGACGGAGAUGCAUCAUCUGCGGACGUUACGGAUCAUGUCAGAUGUGUACAGUAAGGGCCUGCAGACAGAUCUGCAGCUGGAGCUCCAGAUGGUGGAGAAGAUGUUCCCCAUGCUGGAAGAACUCCUGGAGCUGCACACGUUCUUCUUCAGUGCUCUGCUGGAGAGGAAGAAGGAAGCCAGGCUGGAAGGCACAGACGGGGGCUUUAUAAUCAACAGGAUAGGAGACGUGCUAGUUAGCCAGUUCUCAGACUCCAAUGCAGAAAGCAUGAAGAAAAUCUAUGGCAAAUUUUGCAGUCGACACAAUGAAUCAGUGAACUUCUACAAGGAGCUGCAUGCCAGAGAUAAGCACUUUCAGGCUUUCAUCAGGAAAAAAAUGAGCAGCAGCGUUGUCAGACGUUUGGGCAUCCCCGAGUGCAUAUUACUGGUGACACAACGGAUAACAAAGUACCCCGUGCUUUUACAGCGAAUCCUCCAGCACACCAAAGAGAACGAGGGGGAUUAUGAAAACUUGACACAAGCUCUACAGCUGGUGAAAGACAUCAUUGCUUCAGUUGAUAAUAAAGUCAAUGAGCAUGAGAAGAAAAGAAGGUUGAAAGAUAUCUACGGCCGUAUGGACAGCAAGUCCAUUACACGGAUGAAGAGUGGCCAGAUGUUCGCCAGAGAGGAUCUGCUGCGCAGUCGGAAGCUCCUCCACGACGGCCCUUUGCAGAUGAAAAACACUGCCGGGCGACUAAAAGAUGUCCACGCACUUCUACUUUCUGACGUCUUUAUUUUCCUCCAAGAAAAAGACCAGAAAUAUGUUUUUGCUUCUCUGGACCAGCGAGCCACCGUUAUCUCCCUGCAGAAGCUGAUCGUGCGAGAGGUGGCCCACGAGGAACGCGGUCUCUUCCUCAUCACCGCCGGCAUUGAGAAACCCGAAAUGGUAGAGGUUCACGCCAGUUCCCGAGAAGAACGCAACACCUGGAUGCAGUUCAUUCAGGAUGCCAUGCACUCGAUAGGAAAGGAUGAUGAUGAGGGGAUCCCGAGUGAAACAGAGGAAGACAAGAAGCUGCUUGAAACCAAAACGAAAGAAAUGAGAGACAUGCUCCAGAGGAAAGAUGAGCAGAUCGUGUCACUCCUGCUGGAGAAGAUGAAGCUUUUCCGUGAAAUGUGCGGCUCACCCGAUGACCCUGUCAAAAUGCUCUUCAGGGCCAACAAUGAAGAAUUACCCAAGGGGGAACCCAUCAUGAUGGAUGCUCUCAAAGAGGUGGAGAUGUUGCAGGCGCUGGUGAACGGCAGUCUGGGCGGGGCAGUAGGGCAGCAGGUGGCCUGUGCUCAAGGGACUGUGUGUCUGCCACGGAGAGCUGAGACCUUCGGAGGGUUUGAUAGCCACCAGAUGAACAUCUCCAAACAUGGAGACAAAGAUGAGGUUGAAGAUCUUCGGAGGACAGAAUCUGACAGUGUCCUGAAGAAGGGAGGAAAUGCAAACCUGCUGCUCCUGCUGAAGAGAAACAGUGAGCAGGUCUUGAGCAGUGUCACUCACCUCCACGAACUACUGUCCUCACUGCAGGCUGUGGUCUUGCAGCAGGACACCUUCAUCGAGGACCAGCGUCAGGGGUUAAACGAGCGUACCCCCUCCCGUACCCCAUCCCGUCCCUCCUCCCGUCCUCCCUCGUUGGUGGAGCAAGAGAAACAGCGCAGCCUGGAGCGCCAUCGGCAGGAAGCUGCUGCACUGCAGCGCCAGCAGGCCACACACGCCGAGGAGAGACGACGUAGGGAGAAAGAAUGGGAGGUGAGAGAGCGGGAGCUGAUGGACCGGGAGGUGCUGCUCCAUGUCAAAGAGGAGGAAGUGCAGAGGAGAUACAAGGAGCUGGACGAGGUACAGCAGGAGCUGCAGGGGAGAAAGGAGGAUUAUCAGAAAGAUCUGGAGAGACUGAGAGAUGCUCAGAGGCGGCUGGAUAGGGAAAGGGAGCAGAUGCAGAGGGAGGUGGAGCGAGUGGAGCACCUCCGGGAGGUGGAGGCACGGUUUCAACGCACCCCCUCCAGCACUUCGGAGGACUCCCUAAAACUCCACAGCAGCAGCUCUGUGGAAAAAGAGAUCUGGGAGGGCGAGCUAUCAUCCAGCCCCAGAAAGAACUCCAGCUCCAAACACAAGGGCCGCAGCCUCUUCUCCCUGGGCGGCAAAACUCAGAGCUUAGAGGGCCAAAACCAGAUCCCCACUCGACUGCUUCAGCUGGCUACAACCAAGGAGAAGAAGGACAAGAAGAAGAAGAAAAGCAAGACCCAGCAGCCCUCUCAGGAAACAGCAUCCCAUCUGCUGCCCCUGACAGAGCCUCCGAUGGAUGGAGAGAUCUUUUUCUGCUGAUUUACCCAUCAUCCCUUCCUUCCAAAUUGUUUCCUCUCAUGGACUCCAUAUCAAGUCAUGCAGGAAGUCACCCAAAUUGACCUCUUCAUGUUAAGUUAUAACAUGUAAACCCAGUUAUAACCCUGCUAUCUUUCUACUGUAUAAGGGGGUGAAUCUUACAAAAUCUGUCAAGAACAUGACCGGGUCAUAUUACACCCCAAAAUCAAAAGAUAAGAAAAUAUAUUUUGCUUUAAAAAAAUGAAGCCUGUUCUUAGAAUCAUUGAGAUUUUUUGUAUUGUGACAUUAACCCCCAUUCUCAAUACCGUAAUGCAAGAUGAUAAUGUUGGCUUGACAAAACAAAACCCCUAAACCAUGACCAAAAUUAUCAAUUGUAACUUCUCUUAUAUCUUUCAAGAUACAUUGACCAAACUUGGCACAGCCCUUCUGAUAGUUCUGUCUCAGUUUGCUCUGUCUUUUCUAACUGAUUGGACUUGUGUUUUUUGUGUGGCGGACAAUGGAAAAUCCCCCAAAUACUAUAGACUUACACUGAAUUAUCUAUCAACGCUCUAACAACAAAGAAAUGCCUUGCAACCGGCUCAAACAUACUGGUACAGCCCCAGAAAUGGUUCUUGAACAAGUUUGCACUUUAGUCUCCAUUUGUAUGUUGCAAAAUUAUCAUUAUGAUAAUAGUAAAAGCCUAUGGUAAUAUACGUUAUAUUUUAUGUUCUAAAAUAACAAAAUUAGUUUGAUAAGUUAAAAUUAUGACAUAACGCACUGACUGGUCAAUUGGUAGUUGUAAAUGGGUAGUUUUGCACAUCCUACCUUUUAUCUGCAAAUUAUACGUAUAUUACAGAGUGAAAACAAUUGUCAUUUCAGACACAAUUGUUCUUUAAUAGACAUUUAUUUCUGAGGAAAAGGAGUUAAAGUUUUUAUAUCAAAACAUCAAAUCGCAUCGAAUCGGGAGAUCUGUGGCAAUUCCCAGCCCUAAAAUUUAUAAAUCAUGGUGGUAUUUGGUUUGCUGCCUUUAAUCUAUGCUGAUUCAUAUAAUAAUACAAAUACAGUAGUUUUACUGUAAUCAAUACUGUAUUACAGUUAUGAGAAUCUGAUGAAAAUCACCUUUGAGAAUAAUGUAAAUAUACCUACAAAAAUACUCAAAAGUAAAACUUCUGGACACAUUGCGGUUAUGAGAAUUUGGGGAGAAAAAUUGCUUAAAAGGUUAGUUUACCCUAAAAUGACAAUUCUCUCAUAAUUUACUCUCUGUCAUGCCAUCCCAGAUGUGUACAUCUUCAGCAGAACACAAACUAAGAUUUUUAGAAGAAUAUUUCAGCUCUGUUGGUCCAUACAAUGCAAGUGAAUGGGUGCCAACAUUUUGAAGCUCCAAAAUCCACAUAAGGGCAAAAUAAAAGUACUCCAGAUGACUCUGGUGGUUAAAUCCAUAUCUUCCAAAGCAAUAUGAUAGGUGUAGGUGAGAAACAUAUCAAUAUUUAAGUCUUUUUUUAUUUAUUUUUUUACCAGAAAUUCUCCUCCCUGCUCAGUCAAUCUCCACUUUCACUUUUACAUUCUCCUUCUUUUGUUUUUGGUGAUUCACAUUAUUCAUGAGUAUUGCCCCCUGCUGGGCAGGGAGGAUAAUUUAUGAUAAAAUAUGACUUGAAUAUUGAUCUUUUUCUCACCCACACCAGUCAUAUCAUGUCUGAACACAUGGAUUUAACCACUGGAGUCAUCUGGAAUACUUUUAUGCUCCCUUUAUGUGGAUUUUGGAGCUUCAAAAUUUUGGCACCUAUUCACUUGCUUUGUGAGGACCUACAGAGCUGAAAUAUUGUUCUAAAAAUCUUUGUUUGUUUUCUGCAGAAGAAAGACAGUCAUACACAUCUGAGAUGCCGGGAGGGUGAGUAAAUCAUGAGAUAAUUUUUAUUUUUGGGUGAACUAUCACUUUAAUUGUAAUGAAAAUGUCACAAUGCAAAAAGAAAAGAAAAAAAAAAAAUAUAUAUAUAUAUAUAUAUAUAUAUAUAUAUAUAUAUCUUAAAAAUCUUAAACUCAUUUGUUAUUUAUGUAAAAUACAGCCUCUUUUUUGUUUUUUCAUUUAUUUGUAUUUUAUUUUUUUAAAUUUAGUUGCAAUGUGACCUUGGUGUUUUUGUGAGAUUUUGUUGAUUUGCUUGCUAUUACAUGUCUGAGUUGAGUAUAUCAGACAAAUUUGAUCUUUGAAUACAUUGUUAAAAUGUACUGGUUGUUCGAAAUGUAAUGUCUCUUUACUCUGCACUCCUGUUCAAAUCAAUCGUUUCUGCCAGAAGGUUUACAAAAUGCAAAAAUGGAUAUUGUAGCGCCCCCUAUUGACAAACACUUUAUAAGGAAUCAUCAUAUUGGCUUAUUGCAGGCAAGAAUAACAAUUUAAAAUUUAAUUAGAGUUUUAAAAUUUAAACCGAUUACGAGAGAAAAGUGGUAUACCACUCUUUCUCAUGUUUUCUAUUUUAGGUUCUCAAAGGAAUUUCGCCUUUGAAAAGCCACUGAGCACUUUAAAACCAUUCAAAUAUUACUCUUUCCCCAAAAAUGGAAAUACAUUUUUCAUUAGCAUUCCAAAAAUAAUGUCCUAAGGUCGGUUUUUAAAAAGGUUUUGGGGGCCAUUGCAUAACAUACCAAGACAUUUCAUGCUAUUUAAAGAUUCUUGAACCCUUCUGCGUUUAAUACUUAACAACUGUAGCAGGAUAGACAAGCUGUACAUACUGUAUGAAUUGGAGACCCCUGGGGAAUAUUUAAAGCUACCUGCUGGAAAGGUAAAGGAGAUGUAGAGAACAUCUACACAGGAUACUGUGCCUAGUCUACCUAGUUUACCCUUACGGAUCGAAUUCAACAUACCACAUUUAAAUGGUUGAAUAAAUUGAACACCCCGUCUUCUAACAUUCUUUGCACUCUAAGUGUCCACCUAUUUCAUCAAGCAUGAAUAUUUGCCCUCCUGCCAUAUUUCAAGAAAGACAUCUUUGGAAGAAGUCUUUAUUUUUAAUGAGAAAAUCUCUUAAGGAGUUACUUAUUUGUCAUUUAAAUUGGACUUAUUCUUUUAUUUUAUUUUUAAGCGGAACAUGCUCAAAGUCUUACUCGUAAAGGUUUUUUUUGUAUUUUUGUGUGCAAUUUUUACCUGCACUGACUUGAUUCUAACAUGGGAGGGCAGCAGAGGUUCAAGUAUUGUUAUAAUUUAAGGCUACUCUGGAUUUACAUUACUUUUAAGUGAUGAUGUCAAAGAAAACACACAAGUGAUGCAGUGCAAGAGUUAUUGUUUCUUCACAUGUACAAAGGGAUUUUUUUAUUCGGAAAUCAAAGCCUAUGGCCUUAUGAAAUUGUCAGUGACACUUUUGUCCUCAGGUAAAAUCAGGGAAAAGUCAAAUCAGGCAUAUUGUCUUGUGCGUAAAAGUAAAUUAAAGUAGCCUUAAAGAAAUGAUGAAAUUCACUAAAAUAUAACCCAACGUUUUCUCAGGAUUAUAGUUUCACUCUUUCAUCUUUGUUUUGAAACUAAGGUAACAUUUGUACAUUUAAGGUGCAUGUGUUUUCUUGCUUGAUAAAAAGGAAAAAGGUAAAUGUAUGUAAAUAUUAUUUUGUGUAAAAAAAUGUAUGUAAAAUUUUGUGAUUCAUUUUGUAAGUGUUUUGUGAGACAUAAGGCUUUAUUUAUCAUUGGUCCCCUUGUCUUGAGGCAGAAAACAAUAUUUGCCUCAAAAUAAAAAUCUAUUACAAGUUU